ACCUCCCGGAAGUGACGAAACAGGGGCGAGCGGCGCCGCAGCCAGGCCUUCCCGAGCUGGGCCUGUCCGAGCGGGCCGCGCGCAGCAUGGCGGAAGCGGAAGGGAGUUCUCCGCUCCUGUCGCAGCCGCCGCCGCCCCCUACUCGGAUGGCGGAAGUAGAAGCACCGACGGCGGCCGAGACGGACCUGAAGCAGUACCACGGGUCCGGUGGCGUCGCCAUGGACGUGGAGCGGAGCCGUUUCCCCUACUGCGUGGUAUGGACGCCCAUCCCGGUCCUCACGUGGUUUUUCCCCAUUAUCGGCCACAUGGGCAUCUGCACAUCCACGGGAGUCAUCCGGGACUUUGCCGGCCCCUAUUUUGUUUCGGAAGACAACAUGGCCUUUGGAAAGCCUGCCAAGUUCUGGAAAUUGGACCCCGCACAGGUGUAUGCCAGUGGGCCCAACGCAUGGGACACAGCUGUGCACGAUGCAUCUGAAGAAUACAAGCACCGCAUGCACAAUCUCUGCUGUGACAACUGCCACUCACACGUGGCGCUGGCCCUGAACCUGAUGCGGUACAACAAUAGCACCAACUGGAACAUGGUGACACUCUGCUUCUUCUGCCUGAUUUACGGGAAGUAAGUCAGUGUUGGAGCCUUCGUGAAGACGUGGCUGCCCUUUGUCCUUCUCCUGGGAAUCAUCCUGACCGUCAGUCUUGUCUUCAACCUGUGGUGAUGGUUUUCAGAUGACCCAAGCCCACCAGGCCCCCAAGGAGGCCCCCACCACCUCUCCCUGGUCCCAGUCUUUAUCCCCACCCUCAGGCAGCUAGCUUCCUCGGUUGGAAGUAGGGUCGGGGCUUGGAAUGGAAGUGCCAAGGUAGAGUAAGAUGAGGCCACUAAGGGCCUCCUUGUCCUCACCCUGUGGCAUCCCCUUCACUGUCCUGGGAAGGCCUUCCCUUAGAGUGCCUCCUGCCACUGCCACUGGACUGCUUCUGCCAUGCCCAGGACACAGUGAAGACAUGGACCCACUGGGCCAAACACUGGCCAGAGCUGGAUUUUGAAGCUGCUUUCUGGCAGGUAGUCACGUCCCGACAUGGGGUGUGGCGUUGAGAAGUACUGUGAGCCAAGAGACUUAGGACCUCUCUGCUGGCCUGAAGGGCCUGGCUAGGCUCAUCCGUGUCUGCUAGAGCCGUGCUAGCGUAGUGCUCACCCAUGGCCCCUCGUCUGGGCCCUGGCUAUCAAGGUAAAUCACAUUACAUGCAGAGUGGGUCCCCUGUAAAUCAGGUUAGGUGAACCCCACUUGUUUCCAGCCCAGGGAACCCUCGUGCUAGUGAUAGAACCCCUUAUUCCAAAGUGUGAGCAACCCAUCAGAGCAGCUGGUGCCACCAUGGAUCGACUGGGUCUACUUGUGGUUGCUGCAAUGAACCCUGUGCAGCCUGCCUCACCCCUGCUCCUUCAUAAGGAGCUCCCUGGCAGGAAAUAAAGUUUCAAGUCCA